AUGCGAUCGCGGCUCCUUCGACCCUCUUCGGUGCACGGCCGGGGAUCCGCUGUGCCCGUUCUACCUUCCUUGUCGAGCUCGCUCUCUCUGGAUGCCAACUGCGCGUCAUCCUGCCGAAACACAGCUCCUCUCCUGCGCGCAUGUCGGCGACCCUGUUGGCCCUGCGCCGCUCUCUCAGCCGCGGGCGCUGUGCGGCCGUGGGACUCCUCCUCCUCGUCGCUCUCAGCCGGCGUGCUCGCUCAGCUGUGUCAGAAACGAUUUGUGCGGCCGAAUCAAGGAAGAAAUGACUACAGGCAAGUCGGCGGGAAGAAGCGCAGUCAAGGCGUGGAAGUGCUCCCUGAAACCAUUCGACUCCUCAUCGAGACGCGACAAGCUGCUGCAGCAGGCUGCUCUGCGGGCCUUCAUCUCCUUCCAAGAAAUGCCGAUGGAACUCUGGACACCGCAGCUUGGCGCAGCAACUCCCGCUUCCCCAUCACUGAGGCUCUGCGCCUGCCGACAAUUGCGGAAGUGAAUGCACCGCUGGAGCCCUCGGACGAGCGAAGCAGAGGCCGCGACGAUGCGCGGCGGCGUUCAUCUGGCAAGAAGGAAGACAUCGAAACAGAUUCGGAUGACUCUCCUUCGCCUCUCAAAGGCGUUCAGCGGCCAGAACGCAUGCGGGGGCUGCAUAAAGUCGCCCUGCACUGUGGAGAUAUUUCUCGUCUUCGGGUCGACGCGACGGUCAUGGGAGCUGUGCGGUCUUUCAAGCCCAUCGGAGAGGGCCGGGGCUUCACAGGCUGCUCUGCUCUGCUGGAAGGCGCUGGACCGUCUCUACCCCUCUUCGUCGCGCAGCAGCGUCAGCAGCUCGGCGAGGAGUUGCUGCACACGCCCGUGCGCGGGGACCCUUCCAGCGCACAAACCGUCGCUGCCGCGGCCGUGCGGGCGCUCAGGCGGGGCGUUCACCACUUCAGCGCCUCCAUCGUGCCCGCCCCGCUGCGAUCGGCGUCCACUGUCCCUUCGAAGGCGGAGGCGGAAGAAAUGCCGAUUAUGGAGCUCGCUGAAGUUGCAGCGCGUGCCGCUCGUUUAGCCGGUGCAGCCGGAAGCAAGGCGCGAGCGGGCGAGGGGCUUUCGUUCCCCAGCCAGGCAAGGGGCGCGCAUCGAAUCAGCGACGGAGUGACUGCCGGCGCUCGUGCCGGCGGCCCCAGGGACGGGAUAGCCGUGCGCGAACCCGCCCUCGACCCUUCGCAGCUGUCGCCCCCAGGAGCCGUCUUGGUUUCCCCUGGGUUUAGCUUGCCCUCCAGCUUCCUUGUGCAUGUUGUGGAGCCCAACGCAGUCCUUUCCAACCAGCAAAUGCUGGAUGCUCUGUUUCGCUUGGAAGAGAGGGAGGCGCUUCGCCGAAAACAGAGACAGCUUGCGAACCUCAAUGCGUCUCAGCCGUCUGACGAGGCGUCGAGCGACGAGGAUGACGACGAGGACUCGGCAGACGCCUCGCCAACGGAGUGGCGCCAAGGCGACGAAGGACUCGAGCUGGGCGCGCAGCGGAUGCAGUUGCUAGAAGAAUGCUAUAUCAAUGCUUUGAAUGCAGCCUGGGCGCUAGGCGUGCGUUCGGUGGCGCUGCCAUGCCUCGGCGCUGGUGUGGGACGCUUCCCGGUCUUCAUCGCUGCAAGGUGUGCCGCCAGGGGGGUUGCGAGGUGGAUGGAGGAGCAAAGAGAGCUUGAAGGACGUGAAAGUAAGGACGGUGACAAAUCAAAGGAGUUUGAUAGAAUCGUGUUCUGCACCUCGAGUGAUAUUGAAUGGAACGCACUCAGGAAAGUGAUACCUCAGUUUCUGUCGUAA